AUGAGCUCGUACUUUGCCAACUCGUACAUGCCUUCCGACAUGCGGAACGGCGGAGGUGGAGGAACCGGUGGUGGCCUCGUCGGUGGCGGCAGCGGCGGUGGCGGCGUGCUUGGAGGCGUCGGCGGAAUCGUCGGCGGUGGGGGUGGUGGCGGUGGUGGCUUGGUCAUGGACCACCACCACCACGGCCAGCAGCACUACGUGGACAACGCUCCGUGCGACCCGACCGCCCGGCAGGGCAUACCACCGCACCACUACGUCGGGCCCACCGUCGGCGGACAGCCGCCCCAGGGCAUGCCGUACCCGCGGUUCCCGCCCUAUGACCGGAUGGAAAUCCGGCAGGCGGCCGCUGCGGCCGGCUACUACAACAACCACCACCAGUCGUCCAUGGACGGCUACAGCAGGCCCGAAUCGCCCAUCGGCGGUGGCCUGGUCGGAGGUGGCGGCGGAGGUGGCGGUGGCAUGGGCCAAAUGACCAUGAACGGCCACACGCCUGUCGUGUACGCCACGUGCAAGCUCCAGGCCUCUGUGGCGAACGGUCUCGUCGAACCAGGCAGCCCCACCGACAUGGUCGACAUGACCAACCACCACCAGCAGCAGCAGCAGCAGCAGCAGAUGACGGCCGCCGGCCACCACCAUCACCAACAGCAGCAGCACCACCAUUCGGCGCCGCCGCCACAGUCGCACCACCAGCAGCAGCAGCAGGCAUACUUCAGCAACCUGAGUCCGCACCACCACCAGCAGCAGCAGCAACAGCAGCAGUCCGUCGUCCCGCCGGCGCCUGGACACCACCAGGUCGUGGUCAACCCGCACCAGCAGACGCCGCCGCUGCAGACUCCCACCGCUCAGAAUCAACAGUCGGUCAACAACAACUCGCUGCCUAGUCCACUGUACCCGUGGAUGCGAAGCCAAUUCGAGCGGAAACGCGGCCGGCAGACUUACACCAGGUACCAGACGCUGGAGCUGGAGAAGGAGUUCCACUUCAAUCGGUACCUGACCCGGAGGCGGCGGAUCGAGAUCGCGCACGCGCUGUGCCUGACCGAGAGGCAGAUAAAGAUAUGGUUCCAGAACAGGCGGAUGAAGUGGAAAAAAGAGAACAAGACCAAGGGCGGUGACGGCCAAGGCGGUGACGGUAGCGAUAUCACGCCGCAGACUUCGCCGCAGUAG